ACGCAAUGUACUAUGUGAAGUAAACAGAGUUUUGUAUCUUGCUGGCUUGUUGGACAAUCUUUUCCAGUGCUUUUCCGCCGCUCUGAUACGGGUGACGUUGGACAACAAAGAUGGCUGGAGGAAACAGCAAUUAUUGGGAAGAUCUGCGGAAGCAGGCCCGACAGCUCGAAAAUGAGCUGGACCUGAAGCUGGUGUCCUUCAGCAAGCUGUGCACGAGCUACAGCAGCUCACGAGACGGUCGCCAUGGAGACAGUUCUGACACCACGCCCCUGCUGAAUAACUCCACCCAGGACAGGAUGUUUGAGACCAUGGCAGUGGAGAUCGAGCAGCUCCUGACCAAGCUCACGGGGGUGAACGACAAGAUGGCGGAGUACUCCAGCACGCCAGGCGUGACGUCGCUCAACGCGGCCCUGAUGCACACCUUACAGAGACACAGAGACAUCCUGCAGGACUACACUCACGAGUUCCACAAAACCAAAGCCAACUUCCUGGCCAUCCGCGAGAGAGAGGACCUCCUGGGAUCCGUGCGGAAAGACAUAGAGACGUAUAAGAGUGGCUCAGGCGUGAACAACAGAAGGACAGAGCUCUUCCUGAAGGAGCACGAACACCUGAGAAAUUCUGAUCGUCUGAUCGAGGACACGAUAAGCAUCGCCAUGGCGACCAAGGAGAACAUGACGUCUCAGCGGGGGAUGCUGAAGUCCAUACAGAGCCGAGUCAACACCCUGGCCAAUCGUUUCCCAGCCAUCAAUAACCUCAUCCAGCGAAUCAACCUGCGGAAGAGGCGGGACUCGCUGAUCCUGGGCGGAGUCAUCGGGAUCUGCACCAUCCUGCUGCUCCUGUACGCGUUCCACUGAUGAUGGGGGGGGGG